AUGAGGGAUUUAAAACAGGAAGAGGAGGAGAAGGUCCUCAAGAAGCUUAAGUUUUUCAUUGGCGACAAUGUCAACAGGAUUCUUUCUGGAGAAGAAAAGCUCUUUUUGCACAACCAGCGUGUCAUGCUCCUUUCGGAAAAGAUGAAAGCGGCAACAUCUAUGAUAUCCAGGAAAAAUCUCAUCAUGGCAGGGACGGUGAUAGGGAAGUUUACCAAGAAUGGGAACUUCCGGCUGGGAAUAUCGUCUUUGAACCUUCUCUCCAAGUGGGCCAUACACAAGGUCUGGAUCAAGAGCAGUGCAGAAAUGAAUUAUGUGUAUGGAAACAACUCUCUGAAAUCUCAUAUAUUCCGGAGCUCUGAGGGAAUUCCCAUCAAUGCAGGAGUCUUUGUAUUCAAUCAGCAUGAUGUUCCUCUUGGGUUUGGGAUUACUUCCUUGACGCCUCAGGCUUACUCUGCAGCAAAGGGACAUGCACUUGUCCUUCUAAGACAGUCGGAUACAGGAGAGUAUGUCCGUAACGAAGAAAAAAUAUAA